AUGCACAUUGCAUUCUUUUUUCUCUCCCAGUUUUUCUUUCUCUUUUAUUUAUAUAUUUCUCUCUUCUGUUUCACACACUCUAAACCUUUAUCUUUAACUCUCUUCCAUUUCCCUCUCUGUAAACCUUUAUAUUUCACUCUCUCCCACUUCCCUCUCUCUUUACUUUUCUCUCUCUUCCUUUUCACCCUCCCUAAACAUUUAUAUUUCACCCUGUUCCUUUUCCUACUCUUCAUUUCUCUUCCAUUCUCUUCCAUUACACCCUCUCUAAACCAUUAUCUCUCACUCGCUUCCAUUUCACCCUCUCUCAAUCUUUAUCUCUCACUCUCUUCCAUUACCCCCUCUCUAAACCUUUAUCUCUCUCUCUUCCAUUAUCCCCUCUCUAAAACUUUAUCUCUCUCUCUUUUCCAUUACACCCUCUCUAAACCAUUAUCUCUCAUUCUCUUCCAUUUCACCCUCUCUCAAUCUUUAUCUCUCACUCUCUUCCAUUACCCCCUCUCUAAACCUUUAUCUCUCAUUCUCUUCCAUUACCCCCUCUCUAAACCUUUAUCUCUCUCUCUCUCUUCCAUUACCCUCUCUCUAAACCUUUAUCUCUCAGAGUCUUCCAUUUCACUCUCACUAAACCUUUAUCUCUCAUUCUCUUCCAUUUCACCCUCUCUCAACCUUUAUCUCUCAUUCUCUUCCAUUUCACCCUCUCUCAACCUUUAUCUCUCAUUCUCUUCCAUUUCACCCCUCUCUCCUCUCUUCCAUUACACAUUCUCUAAACCUUUAUCUCUCAGAGUCUUCCAUUUCACCCUCACUAAACCUUUAUCUCUCAUUCUCUUCCAUUUCACCCUCUCUCGACCUUUAUCUCUCAUUCUCUUCCAUUUCACCCUCUCUCAACCUUUAUCUCUCAUUCUCUUCCAUUUCACCCUCUCUCACUCUCUUCCCACAUUCUCUAAACCUUUAUCUCUCAGAGUCUUCCAUUUCACUCUCACUAAACCUUUAUCUCUCAUUCUCUUCCAUUUCACCCUCUCUCGACCUUUUAUCUCUCAUUCUCUUCCAUUUCACCUCUCUCAACCUUUAUCUCUCAUUCUCUUCCAUUUCACCCUCUCUCACUCUUCCAUUACACAUUCUCUAAACCUUUAUUUCUCAGAGUCUUCCAUUUCACUCUCACUAAACCUUUAUCUCUCAUUCUCUUCCAUUUCCCACUCUCUAUACCAUUAUCUCUCAUUCUCUUCCAUUUCACCCUCUCUCAACCUUUAUCUCUCAUUCUCUUCCAUUUCACCCUCUCUCACUCUCUUCCAUUACACAUUCUCUAAACCUUUAUCUCUCAGAGUCUUCCAUUUCACUCUCACUAAACCUUUAUCUCUCAUUCUCUUCCAUUUCACCCUCUCUCGACCUUUAUCUCUCAUUCUCUUCCAUUUCACCCUCUCUCAACCUUUAUCUCUCAUUCUCUUCCAUUUCACCCUCUCUCACUCUCUUCCAUUACACAUUCUCUAA